CACUGGAGAAGCCUCAGCCAUGGUGCAGAAAUAUCAGUCACCGGUGCGGGUCUACAAGUAUCCCUUUGAACUUAUAAUGGCAGCCUAUGAAAGAAGAUUCCCAACCUGCCCCCUCAUCCCCAUUUUUGUGCAUAGUGUCAUCAUCAGUGAAAGCCAAAGUGAGGAUGGAGCAACUCAUAUAAUUGAGCGCAGGUGUACUCUUGAUGUGGACGCCCCUCGAUUGUUGAAAAGGAUAGCAGGGGUGGAUUAUCUGUAUUUCGUGCAGAAGAACACACUGGAUCGUCAAAGGAGGAGUCUGCAUAUAGAGACUUAUAAUGAGUCCUUUUCCACCAGGGUAAUCGUCAAGGAGCACUGCAGCUACACGGUACACCCAGAAAAUGAAGACUGGACAUGUUUUGAGCAGUCAGCCAGUAUGGAUAUUAAGUCUUUCUUUGGAUUUGAGAGUACAGCAGAGAAGAUUGCUAUGCGGCAGUAUGCUUCUAGUAUUAAAAAGGGCAAAGAGAUAAUUGAAUAUUACCUCAGAGAACUAGAGACAGAGGGUAUAACCCAUAUACCUCGCUGGAGUCCUUCUUCCAAUACAGCAUCACUGCAACAAACUGUCAAGGCAACUGCCAUUCCCACAACUUGCUGCAGUAAAGAAAAUCAUGAAAAAGUCGACAGUAACCUUCUAGAGACCUUGUCUUCUUCUGUGGAAGAUAAGUUAGAUGCAGAUUACAUAAGACACUAUCUAGGUGAGCUGAGCCCGCUGAAUGAAAGUUGCUUUAUUCGUCUACGCCAGUGGCUGAAGGAAACUCACAAAGGAAAGCUUCCCAAAGACCAACAUGUGUUACGCUUCCUGCGCUCCCGGGACUUUAACCUAGAGAAAGCCAGGGAGGCAUUAUGCCAUACACUCACCUGGAGGAAGCAGCACCAGAUGGACUUCUUAUUGGAUACUUGGACAUGCCCACAGCUGUUGCAUGACUACUACACAGGGGGAUGGCAUCAUCAUGACAAAGAUGGUCGACCUCUCUACAUCUUACGGCUAGGACAAAUGGAUACCAAAGGACUUGUGCGGGCUUUAGGGGAGGAAUCUCUUCUACGACAUGUGCUGUCCAUUAAUGAGGAAGGCCUCAAGAUUUGUGAGGAGAACACAGUCAUGUUUGGUAGACCCAUUAGUUGCUGGACCUGUCUGGUGGAUCUGGAAGGGUUAAAUAUGAGGCAUUUGUGGAGGCCAGGAAUUAAAGCUUUACUGAGGAUUAUAGAGGUGGUGGAGGCCAACUACCCUGAGACACUAGGACGGUUACUUAUACUGAGAGCUCCCCGUAUCUUUCCCGUGCUCUGGACACUGAUCAGCCCAUUCAUUGAUGAGAACACUCGCAAGAAAUUCCUCAUCUAUGCUGGUAAUGACUACCAGGGUUCAGGAGGCUUGGUCGAUUACAUCGACAAAGAGUUCAUCCCUGACUUUCUUGGAGGAGAUUGUCCGUGUGAGGUCCCGGAGGGUGGCCUGGUUCCCAAAUCACUGUAUCGCACAGCAGAGGAGCUGGAAAAUGAGGAGAUCAAGCUCUGGACAGAAACAAUUUAUAAAACUGCAAGUGUGUUAAAGGGAGCUCCACAUGAGGUGGUGAUUGAAAUCACAGAAGCAUCCUCAGUUAUUACAUGGGACUUUGACGUGUGUAAAGGUGAUGUUGUUUUCAAGAUCUAUCACUCAAAAAAAGCUCCACAAUGUCAGAAGAGAGAUACUCUUGGCAGUCUGACUGCUCCUGGAGGAAACAAUGUGCAAAUGAUUGAGAAGACAUGGGUGCUGGGGAAGGACUACAGUUUGGUGGAAACUGCUCUAACUUGUAGAGAGGGCGAGAGCAUACAGGGCUCUCAUGUAACACGUUGGCCUGGUUACUACAUACUUCAGUGGCAGUUCCCCAGCUCAGCAUCUAGCUUAUCCUCACUUCAAGUCUCACCGCAAAAGUGUAGGGUGAUGUACUACACUGAAGUUCUGCACUCUGAUGACUUCAGGGGUUCAAUGACGAGUCUGGAAUCCAGUCACAGUGGCUUCUCUCAGCUGAGCACCAUCACCACUUCUUCUGGCCAGUCACAUUCCAGUUCAGUCAUUUCACGGUAGAACAUAAGUAAUAUAAGAAAUAUGAUUGUUUAAUACAAAUUCUGUAUAAAAUGUUGCACAGAAUUUUGUGCUGUUACUGUACGUUUUCACUUUUUUCAUUUUGUCCUUACAUAAAAUAAGCUUUACAUAUUACUGCAAAGUAUGAUUUUAUGUAUUUUUUCAUUAUCUUAUACAACAGGCCUUUCUUUUUUAGCCACUGAAUGUGUUUGAUAAAUGAAUGAAUAAAUAAAUAAAUACUGAAUAUUUAAAGAAGAUUACAGUAUUUGGGGGUCAUCAGGUCUCUAAACCUGUAAACAGACACCACCUAAGCUUACAUGAGAAAAUCCCCUUUCUUUAUCUAAAUACAAAUUUGCCUCUUGACUGGAAGGUACUAAAAUUAUUAUAGUUAUGUUUAAAGGAGAAAACAUUUUGGUAGGUCUGAGAAAAUAAUCAAAUCCCACAAGUCAAGUACAGUGAGGGCCAUGAGUGCCAUGCCAUAAAAAGGAUCAUGGAGUUCAUGCCAUAUCAAGAGAUUUUAAAUACAAAUCCUUCUGCAUCUGGCCUAGGGUAACAAUUAGGGCAUGGUUCAUUGGUCAAAAGUCCACGCUUUUGACCAUCCAAAUCUUUUGACAUAAUGUAAAUAACAUUGAAAACCUGUGGGGUGAA